UAAAAGUUUGGCCACCUUGUAUGUCAGUUCGCACCAUGUAUAAAUUUUCACGUGGUAGUUCUCUCAUGGUACAUAAUUUCUUCAAAAUACUUUAUAAUAUUGUAUAAUAAUUAAUAUUUAACAAUGAAUUUCAAAAAUGAUUUUGAUGUUUUCGUGGGUGGUAAAUCAGGAUUUUUUAAAGGAAUCAAAAUUGGACAAAAAGAAUGUGUACAAAAGAAUUUAAAGAGUUUUAUAUCGAUUGGGUAUAAUGAUGAGAUUACCACAGCAAGUUGGGGUGAUGACGAAGAACGAGAAAUACUCAUAGCUUAUGGUACAAAGGAAACAAGAAGCGUCAGCAUUUAUGAUACUGAAGAUAUGUCAUUUACAAAUACAUUUGUUUGCGAUAUUGGUCAAGGAAGUAUAAAUGGCAUAUCACGUUAUGAUGGGGCAAUUUUGACUGCAGUUCAUUCUGGCGAGAUAAAAUUAUGGAAAUUUAAUGAUCAAGACCAAGUUAUAUUAAAUGCUGGUAGUAAUUUAUAUAGAAUGUGUCAUUCUAAUGUAAACAAGAAAAUAAUAGCUACUGGUGGCAAAGAAAAUGGAUUAAAAUUGUUUGAUUUAGAGAAGCAAAAACAAAUUUUUAGUGAAAAGAAUAUACCACAUGAUUUUUUAAAUUUAAGAGUACCAAUUUGGAUUUCAGAUAUAGCUUUUCUUCAAGACUCACAUAAAAUAGUUACUGUUAGCAGAUUCGGAUAUGUACGUUUGUACGAUACUAAUGUACAAAGAAGACCGAUGAUAAAUAUAGAAAUAAAAGAUGAACCCCUGACUGCUGUGACUGUACCUUGUAAGGAAAUGCAAGUUAUGGUAGGUUCAGGUAAAGGUAUGAUGAAACUGAUUGAUUUACGUAAACCUGGAAAAAUAUUACAUACAUAUAAGGGUCUGGUUGGUAGCAUAACUGGAUUAGCUUCUAGUAAAAUGGGACCAUAUGUAGUUAGCACUUCUUUAGAUAGACAUUUAAGAGUUCAUAAUAUUAAUACAAGAGAAAUGAUCAAAAAGGUUUAUCUAACUUCAAAAUUAACGUGUUUAGUAUUGAGAUCAACAUUCUCUAUAGAAACACAGAUUGAUAAUCCUGAAAAAGUUCCAGAUAACAAUAGUAUUAGUAUUAGUAAUAAUAAUGAUAAUGAAGUUAUGUAUAUAGAUAAUAAAUUAAAGGAUACAAAUGAUGAUGCAGAAUAUGAAGAGUUAUUUGAUAAAAUGGAAGUUAUAACAUCGAAACAUAAAAAAACAAAUUUGUGUUAUAAAAGAAAGAAAUGUACUAAAAGUGCUUCUUUGAUUGAUCAUUCUGAAGAAUCAAAAACAUCUAUGAUGCUGGAACCUUCAAAUAUUAUUGUAAAAAGUAAGAAAAUUAAGAAAAGAAAAAAGUUAAUAUCCAAUAAUUAGUCAUAAAUAUAGUAACAAAUAGUGUACAUAUAAAAAUCAAUGAACCUAAAUGCACUUUCAUACAUUAUACAUACAUUUAAUUUUUCUUUAUACCUUCUUACGAGGAUUGGAAAUAUAGAUCAGAAUAAAAUAAACGAUAUAUUAUAUAUAUAUCAUAGUGUAUUCUAUCGCUGAGCACUUUCUGCAUUUAUAAGUUACAUAUGUGAGAGAGCCAAGGAUCAUGCGCUAAUCACUUUGCUCAGGGUACAUAAUAUUAAGAUGCGAUCACGUGAACUAACUACAACACAAGUUUGUGUAUCAUACAAUUCAUUAUUAAUACCUCAAUAAAUUAUAUUUUGGUUUUCGCAAUGCAAGAACUGCCACGUCCAAAAUCUUUAUCUUUCUUCCUUUUUAAGUUUUUUGCCGAAUUCUCUCUAAUUUCUCUUAUAAAUUGUUGCUUCGUUCGUUGAAGUAAAUAACGAAUUAAAAAAUUGUUAUAUAAUAUGCACGCGAAUCAAACUGAUUUUAUUUUAUAGAAGCUGAAGGAAAGCGAACGUGACUGCUUGCAAAUUUGCAGUAUAUAUUUUGUACUAAAGAGAGUAAGAUUAACUACGGCACGUUAAACCUAUGCGGAUGUACAGUUUGUUUCUCAAUGUACAAAAACCGUCUGUUUCAUAGCAUUUGUCAUAAUACUACUAUUGUGACAAUAUCUCAAUGACAUAUCUCAAUUUCCUUUUUUUUUAAUCAUUAAUGGAAUAUUUAAUCUUACACAGAUAAACAUAUACAGGAAUAAUU